AUGAUGAAGCUGCUUCUUUCUCUGACUCUCAUCUGGGCGCUCUCCAGCACAGGUGAAGCACUUGUGUGUGAAAGUUGCACAAAUGCUACCUGUUCAACCACAGCAGCAGUUACAUGUCUCACAGGCACGAUGUGUAUCACAGCUUCCAUUCAAGCCGUUUCACUUGGGACUCCUGGACAGCAAAUCUACAAGGCCUGUGCCCCCCCCACCCUGUGUCCAUCCACAGGCUCUCAGACAUUUUCAGUUAACUUGGGUGUUUCGAGUUCACUUGCAAGUGCUACAUGCUGCAACACAGACAGCUGCAACUCCAACACUCUGCCUUUCCCUGUGGUUCCAGCAGGUAACAAUCUUCAGUGUCAUGUUUGUAACCCCGGCACCUCUGACUGCAGCUCUUCAGUACAAUGUAGGGGAACAGAGGAUCGCUGCUUUCAAGCAAGUGUGACAAAUACGGGCGGCACUUCUCCAGCUUUUGGCUGUGCAUCUGCAAAUAUGUGUGCAGCUGCUGCCAGCCUGGGGUCACUGCCUUUCAUGCAAGAUGUUGGUUCCAUUAACAGUGGACCAGCCUGUUGUGGGACUACUUUGUGUAACACUCUCACUACAAUGACAACUACCCAAACAACAACAACCACUCUCUACACAAACUACACCAACCACUACCCCAAUGACAACCCCCACUGCCCCAACUACAGCAACCACUACCCCAACUGCUGCUGCCACCACAUCCAAAACAACCUCGACACAGGCAGCUACAAAUACAACAACCACUGCCAGUGA